UUUGAGUGGUAUACUAAACUUGCUUUCGUGUUUCUAAUUCGUAAACACCUUAAAACCAUGGAAGAGAUUCUUGUGAGCGGUGCAACCGAAAUCCUUAAAAAACUGGUGGGUGUUGUUUCCGAAGACAUUGCUUUAGCUUGUUGGGAUGUCAAAAAUGACUUGAAGAAGCUUCAAAGUACCUCGGAAAUGAUUCUUCCGGUGAUUGCAGACGCGGAGAAGAGGCAAGAAAAGGAAGAACUUGUAAGACUUUGGUUGAGAAGGCUCAAGGAUAUUACAUAUGAUGCCGAUGACGUGAUUGAUGAGUUCUCUUACGAGGACAUGCGUCGCUGUUAUAAAAAGAAUAGCUCAAAGCAUAAGGUAUUCCAUCUCGCUUCUUCUUCAAAGCCGCCAUUUGCAUUUCGUCUGAAAAUGGCUAAAAAAAUUAAAGCUAUUAAUAAAAGAUUAGAAAAAAUUACCCAAGAUAUGGAUAGAUUUCAGUUGGAAUUUACUACGCCUGUUCCAGAUAGUGAGAGUGCUGAUCAACUGGACAGACAAGUCACGUCCCACGUUAACGAGUCAGAAAUUGUAGGCAGAAAGAACGAUGAAUCCCAAAUAAUAAAACUUCUAACAACCAAUACCACAGCAGCAGCAGCAUCUUCUGUAUAUCCUGAAAAGGUGACCGUGAUAUCCAUAGUAGGUAUGGGGGGGCUGGGGAAGACGACACUUGCACAGCUCGUUUACAAAGACGAGUUGGUAAAGAAAGUGUUUGAUCUAACCAUGUGGGUUCAUGUCUCGGAAACUUUUGAUAUCGAAAUCCUCUUGGUAAACAUUAUGGAGUCCAUUACUCAAGCUAAGUUCCACAAGCCUUCAAAUUUUCGUGUACUAGAGAAUAUGGUUCGAGAAAAAUUAAAAGGGAAGAAAUAUUUGUUAGUACUAGACGAUUUAUGGAAUGAUGAUGCAGAGCAAUGGGAGAGCCUCAAGUCUGUGUUGCACGUUGGUGCUCCGGGGAGUAAAAUACUAAUCACUACGCGUAAUUACCAAGUUGCUUCUAUUGUUUCAGGGAGUAUUCCUCCGUAUAAUUUGAGUCAGUUAGAAGAUGGUGCAUGUUGGUCUAUUAUUAAGCAGAAAGCCUUUGCUCCCGGUGGAGCAUUUGAUGCUCCAAAAAUGUCAGAUAUCGGAAAAGAAAUUGCAAAAAAAUGUUGCGGUUUACCACUUGCAGCAAAGUUUCUUGGAAGUCUAAUGCACUUAAAAAACAAAGAAAGUGAUUGGAUUUCAAUUAGGGAUGAUGAUAUGUGGAAUACUCCAGAAAGAAAAAGAAAACUCAUUUCAAUAUUGAGAUUGAGUUACAAUAACUUGCCAUCUCAUUUGAAACAAUGUUUUUCAUACUGCUCAAUCUUUCCCAGGCAUUGGGAGAUUAGUAAAGAAACUUUGGUUCAUCUUUGGAUGGCAGAAGGAUUUCUCAAACAAUCUAAUACAAAAACCAAAAGAUCAGUCGAAGACUUUGGACGUGAUUAUUUCGAAAGUCUGGCGUGGAGCUCAUUUUUCCAUGAUUUCAAGAAGAACGACUUAGGCGACAUUGAGACGUGCAAGAUGCAUGAUCUUGUGCAUGAUCUUGCUAAAGAUGUUCUUGGGGUAAACGAAUUGGUGUCCCUUAAAGUUAGCAAGUUCAAAGAUAUUUCUGAAGUUCGCCGGUUACAAUUACAAUGGGAUGAAGAUAUAUCAUCAACAUCUCUGAAAUGCUUGAGUAAUGCGAAGAAGUUGCGGACAAUUUUUAUCUCUGAAGGUGCAAGCCUGGAUCCUUCUAUAUUCUCAAGAAAUGAUCACUUACGCAUCCUGCAUGUGGGUUUUUCACCAAAUUUUCCAAAAUGGCGUUCUUUGAGUUCCGCGCUGCGACAUUUAAGGUACCUCCGUCUUACCUCUCUUGAUCUUAGGGAAGCAGUGAAUGAUCAGUCCGUCAGUAAACUUUACAAUUUGGAGACACUGAUAUUGACCAACAUCUAUAGUGUUCAAAAUGUUCUUACAAACAUCCACUCUUUACAAAAAUUAAGAUAUCUUGAACUCUCAUCAACGGACAUGGAAGAGCUGCCUGAUUCUAUCACCAGGCUCUCUAAUUUGCAUACAUUGGAUCUCAAUAAUUGCGAACUAAAACUCAUUCCUGAUUCUAUCUCCAGUUUGAAAAAUCUAAGAUUUCUAAAUCUGUCAGUCAACCCCUUUGAAGAGUUGCCUCUUUCUGUCCUCACCCUCUCCAAUUUGCAAACAUUAGACGUCAACACCUGCAGAAAUUUAAGAGCCUUACCAGAAUAUGUGGCAGGUCUUGCUAAUUUGGAGAUAUUUCAUUUCAAAAACUGCCCAUUACUCAAAACAUUACCAGAGGAUUUUGGAGCUUUAAGUCAGUUAAGGUCCCUGGACCUAGAAGGUACUGGGAUCAAAGUGUUGCCUGAGUCUUGUGCCAGCCUAAACAAUAUUGUGUUUGUGCAUCUAUUCGAGUGUGAGCCUCCUAAACAUAUAAAAAACUGGACAAAACUUAGAAAGAUUCACUUUUACGGGAGAGGAUCAACAAUGUCGGGUGUAGGGAAACUAGCUUUCCUUCAAGAACUGAAGUACUCAGUGCCAAAACAACUAGCAAGUGAACCUGAAUGUAGCGUUGGUGUUCAAGAGUUAAGAAACCUGAACUUUCUUGAGGCGUUAGGCAUUGUGAAUCUUCAGAACGUGAAAAACCCAGUAGAUGCUGAGAAUGCAAACUUGAAGGGAAAACAAAAUCUUCUUGGAUUGGUACUUGAUUGGGAUAAUAUAGAAGAAGAGUUGGGCAUCCGGUGGUGGGAUCAGAAAUCCUGUAAUUUUCAAGUAUUUGAAGCUCUCCAACCUCCCACCGGUUUGAAAAGGUUGCAGAUUCUUAACUUCAUGGGGUGUGACCUUCCCGCGUGGAUGUGCAUUCCACAUGGUCUUCCAGAACUGGAAUAUUUGGAUCUUAUAGAUUGCAGAAGAAUUAAACAACUGCCAACGUCUAUUGGGCAGCUCCCAAGCCUUAAGCGUCUUGAACUUACAGGAAUGUCUUUACAGAGUUUAGAUAUCGGCGGGUUUCCUUCUUUAUUUGAGCUCGAUCUUACUGACAUGUUUCUUCUAGAAGAAUUUCCUUACUCGUAUCCUUGUCUUCAGGGUCUGAGGAUUAGUGGGUGCAAGAAAUUAACAGAAAUGCCUUCAUUUCCUGCGCUGAUGAAACUGGUAUUAGAGAAGAUCGAUCACAAGUUGGUAUGCUCAGUUGGAAGAAGCCAGACAUCUCUGACAAAGCUGUUUUUGGGUGAUAUUGAGGAGCUUACAUUCUUUUCAAUAAGCAUACUCCAAAACAAUUGCAAUCUUCAACUUCUGUUAAUUGAAGGGUGUAAUCAGUUUAAAGGCUUUGGUGUAAAUAAACUGUACAGCAGCUCUCUUCAGCAUUUGGAAUUCAAUAAUUGCCCGGUCCUUGAGGUUCUUCCUGAUUUACGAGGAUUGACUUCUCUUCAGAAAUUGUAUUUCAUUGAUUGCCCAGUUCUUGAGGUUCUUCCAGAUUUACGAGGAUGCACUUCUCUUCAACAAUUACUCAUCUUCAAUUGCCCAAAUGUGAAAGAGUCUUUGAGUCAUGGUCUCAAAUCCCUCUCAUUUCUUAAGGAAUUGUAUGUUGAUUUUAUUCAAAGAGACGAGCAGCGAGGAGAUCCAACUGUUUACACAGACUUGAUUAAUUUGCUGCCGUAAAAGGUAGUAGUCAGAUAAGGUAGCCCCUUAUCAGUUAACAGUGUGUACAUUUAUCUUUACCUGUAAUAACUAGGGCUGCACAAGAACCGGUCUACACGACCUGAACCGGAGUAGAACCGGAAAAACCGGACUUGUACCGAACCGGAACCGGCUUGACCGGUACAGACACCGGUUCUGAAAUUUGAGAACCGGACUAGACCGGUACAGACACCGGUUCUUGGGGAGAACCGUACUUGAACCGGACCAUUUGUACCGGCUGUUAUUAGCCGUUGAGAUCUAUCUAGGUUUUUAAUCCUAGCCGUUGAGAUCUAUAUAGGAUGUCGAGAACAAAAGAAAAUGAAGAAGCAUUCUUCAGUUCUUUCUUCUUCGUCUCUUCUUCUCACUCAGCGGCAGCAUCAGUUUCUCGAUUCUCUUAGGGUUUGAAUCGAGAUUGAAUAUCAGUAAUAUCAGUGGAUCACCAUCUCUAUCAGGAUUCAGAUAUUGAGAAGAUUAGUCCAAAGGCCAAAGCAGAGAAGAAGGAAGAAUUAGAUUUUUGGGGUUCUCAAGUACUGCACAAUGGCUUGUGGCUGAACCGCUGAACGCUUAAGGAUCGUGAUUUGUUACUUUCAGGGCAGCAGGUGUUACAAAAUACCCAUUAAAGACUUAAAGUACUUCAGAGCUGAACCGCUGAACGCUUAAGGAUCGUGAUUUGUUUCAGGGCAGCAGGUGUUACAAAAUACCCAUUAAAGACUUAAAGUACUUCAGAAUGACCACAUCAACUGCAACUCCAACUACAAAUGAAACUGCAACUCCAACUACAAGUACAACUCAACAAACAGAAGUUGGAUCAUCCUCUCAAGCUGCAUCUCACACAAAUGAAUCUGAAACUGCAACUCCAACAAGUAAAGGCAGAGCUGAAGCAGUUGAAGUUGGUGAUAGCAAAAAGAAGCACGGCAGAGUGAGAUCAUCUGUUUGGUUGGAAAUGACUAGGAUAGAUGAUGAAUGGGCUGAAUGCCGUUAUUGCCACAAUAAAUACAAAGCUCACAAUGACAAUAAUGGCACUUCUGGAUUGCGAAAGCAUUUGAAUAGAUGUCUAAAGAAUCCUAACAGGAAGAAAGAAAAGGGACAACCAUCUCUGUUGAUGCCACCCCCAAAACCAGGUCAGGAUGGUAAACUUAUUGCUCAUACUUACAAUUAUGAUAGGUUAAGAAGGCGUCUUGUUGAGUGGAUAAUUAAGGAUGAAAUUCCUUUUAGAAAAGUAGAAGGGUCAGGCUUUGUGGCAUUGAUGCAAGAGGCACAACCUAGGUUCAAGGUUCCAGGACGUAUGACAAUUUAUAGGGAUAUGUUAAAGAUGUAUGUAGAAGAGAAGAAUAACCUAAAAACUUACUUCUUGACAUCUAAGCAGAGGAUAUCUUUGACAACUGACACAUGGACAUCACCAAAUAAUUUUAAUUAUAUUUGUGUAACCGCUCACUACAUUGAUCAGGACUGGAAACUGCAGAAGAGAAUACUCAUGUUUUGUCAAGUUGAAGGUCACACAGGUAUUGCAAUCGGUGAGAAGUUGGUGGAUUGUUUGGAAGAUUGGGGUCUAAAAGAUGUGUUUGGUGUCACUCUAGACAAUGUCAGCGCCAACACAGUAGCUAUGGAUCAUCUGAAGCAAGUUGUUACUAGCUGGACAAGAUCACCAAUCAGAGCUAAAUAUUUACAUGUAACAUUCUCAUUUCACAUCAUUAAUUUAUUUUGGAAUUUGUCACAUGCAUCUUAUGAGUUAUGACUAAUUUUUCUU